UGUGUUACAACAAUGCCUGCAGAUACUCUCAGAGCUAAAGUGUGUUUAUAAUCACAAAAAGGCAACUUAAAAAAUAAUUAUUGUGAAAACUUGCAACAAGAAAGAAAGAUAGCAUACCCUAUAUUUGUUGAGGUUUGCAUGGAAGAUAGCAGAAAGCCUAACUGGAAGUUCAUUGUUCUCUUCGGCUUCCGAUGAUUCAUUCUGACAUCUUCAACUUCUGAGACCAGUUCUGUAACCUGAAGGCAGUGAACAUUUACUCAUUGUAAUUGUGUGUAACAGGAGACCAUGCCAUAUACUAACAAAUGGCCUUUUUAAUUUUAAAGUCACAUUAUGGUAGUAAUGAGAAUGGAACAAAGAAUAUUUGUUGGACUGUAAGUGUGAAAAUGACAGAGAACACCCAGUUAAAUGCAGACACCCAGAAGAUUGCUCACUGUCCCUUCACAGGAAGAAAUUAUUUGCAUCAUUUCUGAAGAACUUCCAGAAACCUGAAUUGACAUAAACUUCAGAUGUACCGUGGAGAGCAUUCUAACUGGUUGCAGCACCAUCUGGCACGGAGGGGCCACUGCACAGGAUGGGAAACUUUGGAAACUGAAGAUCUCUAGUUGCGGACAAGUAACAUCAACGAACAAUGAAGUGCUGAGACGGCAAAAUGAGCCUUGCUAUAAGCAAAAUACUCGGUGGAAGAAUACCUUUGUAUGGUUUGUUCAUUCCAAUUACAAAGAGCAUUAAAAGAAGGCAUGAACAGCUCUAAUGAGACUUCCAAUUAUUUUUUUCAUGCAGUGAAGACUUCAGUUUAUCUAACUGAUUUUAUCGUCACUGCGGUAUGCAGUCAUGUAAUAAUUAGCACGGUGCAGCAAGAAUUGGAAUUGAAACGAGAGACAAGAUACUUUCUCCUGUGCCAGCAUCUCAUCUACUCUUCCGUAUAUUUCGCCUUGGGCACGUUGACAAAUGGCUUUCGACUCUUCAAAGUCAGCUCACCCCGAAUACUUUGCUGGAUCCUGCUCUCCGUACAAAUAAUGUUUGCACAAUGCAUCAUGCUGACUUUAACCCUAAUGUCCUUCAAUACAUGUCUAGCUAUCUGUUGGCCACUGCGAUACCUUUCACUUGUUGAUUCGGCAAAAAAGAAAAUAACUGCAGUAAUAUGGGUAAUAGCCUUGCAGAAUCCAUUGUGGUCAUCAAUCUAUCAAAGCCUGAAUGUCUCAGUGACGUAUAUAAUUGAAAACGACCCAAGCUGUCCAAAUCCACUGAAUGGAUUUGCUUCAAGGCAAAUUGGAAUUGCAUUUACUCUACUGUGUUUUCUUGUGAUUUUAAUAAGCUAUUGUUUAAUAUACCGAGAAGGAAGGCGGGCUGGGUAUUUUGUGUCCACCAAUGUGCAAGCAAGGAAUACCAUUCUGAUCCAUGGCAUACAAUUAAGUUUCUUCAUUCUCCCGGUUUUGCUCACAAUAGGAAUAAGUAAUAAGCCUAACUUAAUAACACUGAAACUAGUCAACACUGCCGUUUUUUCCAUAGCUCAGUGUCUCAGUCCAGUGAUUUAUGGCCUCAGGUGUAAAGAGCUUAGAAAUAAAUUAGCUGAUACCAAAUUCUGUUGCUGUGUUUUAAGACAUAGGAAGAAAAAUGCGGGUGUAAUUCAGCUGAGUGAAAUCCAUGCCAUUGACACCAUCGCUGUUGCUAGAAACAGUCAAAUCUAUAAUCACUGAUUAUUUCCAUCAUGUUAAAAGAGUACUCUUAGAUAAGUACAUGGAUGAUAGAAAAGCGAAGGGCUAUGUAGGAAGGAAGGGUUAGAUUGAUCUUAGCGGAGGUUAACAACAUUGUGGGCUGAAGGGCCUGUACUGUUUUGUAAUGCUCUAUGUUCCCUGUCACUUUGCUGCAUUUCAUGGAAUCAUACAAUGAGAAAUUAUUCAGCCCACUGGAGGAAACUACCCAAUUCAUUUCAAUGUUCUGAUUGCUCCCUGUCAUAGAAGAGUACAACACAGAAAUAAGCCAUCAGCCCAUGAUGUUCUGCUGAACUAAUUAAACACAUAACUCAACCAAUCCUUUCUGCCAACUCAAUAUACAUAUCCCUCUCUCCUAUACUCAUUCAUGUCUCCUCUGUAGGAGGUGACAUAUCCAUAUGUCAUGUCAUAUCCACCUUCGCCAUCAUCCCAGGCAAGCACCCCUCUCUGUGAAAAAACGCUCUCCCCUCCCACAUGUCCUUUGAAUGAAUCCCCUCUCACCCUAAAUGCAUGUACCCAACUAUUAGGCAUUUGGACCCUGCAAUGCAAUAUUAGGCCAUAAGACAUAGGAGCAGAAUUAGGCCAUUCACCCCAUCGAGUCUGCUCCACCAUUCCAUCAUGGCCGAUCCUGGAUCCCACUCAACCCCAGAAAAUCCAGCAUUAUCCAGCAAAUUCCUACCGUUCCCUUCCCUUCAAAUAUAUAACAUAUUUUAUUGACUUUAUCAUAAACAUAAGAAAUUCUGCGGAUGCUGGAAAUCCAGAGCAACACAUACAAAAUGCUGGAGAAACUCAGCAAGUCGAGCAGCAUCAAUGGAGAGAAAUAAAGAGUCAAUGUAUUAAAAAUAUUAAAGUACUGUAAAUACUUUUUAAUACAUAUUAAAAGGUAUUAACAGUAAAACUUAUAACUUCAUCAUUCCACAAUUCUCUCUGGCAGUAAAUACCCAUCACUGAAAACUUCCUACUCCUAUCCCUUUGUCCUGUAGGCUCUCCUACCUCACACCUUCACCCCUCCCCCUCUGUAUUAUUAGAGAAUCAUUGCUAACUCUUUAAAACUGCAGAAGAUAGGUUUUGUUUUGAAUUAGAUUGUUCUAUUUAAACAAGUUAACAAAGUAAAAAUGACUUUAGCAAAUGAAUUCUCCAGUUGACACUGUUACUGUUUCUAGAUGGUGGCAGGUAACAGAGCUGAAUUCCAUGCCUUGCUAAUUUUGUGUUAGUCUCUGGCUCGAGGAAGUGGCGCUGGAGUUGAAACAGUCACAUUCUGUUUCAUUAAACGGACAAUCAGACUCAAGCUGAAUGCUUCCUUAUUGCCAACAUGAGUGAGGAUGAAGGGGAAAAUUAUUCAUUUAUCCUCAUGCAACAUCUCCUUCAGACAGAGUGCCUCCAAAUAAUGCACAUUCACCACUCUCUCACGUUCAGGCUGUCUGGAUCAUCACCCCAUGACAGUCACACCCUUUGACCCCUACAUCCCUUCCCCCUUUUCCGCUACCUAAAUCGUGCUUCUUUUCUCAGUUUGCUCAGAUCUGAAAUUCCAAACUUUCAAGCAUUUAGUUCCAGAUCCCAACAUCUCGAGUCGUUCAUGCCUCUAACUUGGAAUAUUAACUCUUUUUCCCUUUCCACAGAUGCCGCCUGACCUUUGACUGUUUCUGUUUUUAUUUCAAAUUUCCGGCAUCUGUGGUUUUACUUUGUGUUUUUUUUUCAAAUUCCAUGGAUCAAAAGAGUUACAGAUGCUGGAAGUCUGAAAUAAAAUCAGGAAAUGCUGAAAGGGGGCAACAGGUCAGGCAGCAUCUAUGGAGAGAGAAAUGGAGUUAACAAUUCAAAUCAAUUUUCUUUUGUCAGACCAUGGGUCUCUGAUCUGAUACAUUACCCUGCUUCUCUUUGCAUAAGUGCCGUCAGACCUGUUGUAGUUUCCAUCUUUGUCUUGUUGUAUAGGGCUCAAUAGACAUAGUGCUACAAAUUUAACAGAACAAAAUUACAUCCUCUUUGUUGAAUCUAGUAACCAAAUCUGCUGUAAACUAAAAAAAGAACGAAGAAGGAAGUGAAAGAGCCAAGAACCUUGCCUUGUGGUCAUCUUUAUCCUGAAGACCAGUUCAAACUUGACAAAUAAGAGAUUUCUUUUGAUAAAAACAAUCCAUGAAACUGUUUGAUUUAUGCUGGUUUGCAGCCAAAGGAACAAAAAAAAAGACAGAACCAUAUAUACUAUAAAUGACUAAAAAUCCACUGAACAUUUACAAACAGGUAAUCAUACAAGCAUAUAAGGAAGUUAAGCUAUAAGAAAAUUGAUCAUUUAGACUCUAAUCCAAAACUCUUUAGCCGUACUAGUUAUUAACCAGAGAUCACUGUCUUUCCAAACCUUGGAUCUUGAAUAAUAAUGAAUUACCAGUAUGGCACAGCCUGGUAAAGGUAUCGGAAUCACCAGGGUGCUCCUAAGAGAUUCCAAACCAGCCAUUGCCACAAAUGUUCACAUAUCCAAAUAUAAUGAUGGCCACCAGAGAAACACGAAGAGGUGUACAAGAGUGCAAAGUACUGCCAACUUAUGUGUAAAAUGUUCAAAAAAUCAUUUAUCAGACUGUAUCAAAUUGUCGUCAUUAAUAUUAGGUGAACCGAGCCUUGUAUCUGUCCCUCAUGGAAUUUGCAGCAAAGAAGGUUAUGAGGAGCAGUUUGUUUAUACUGAUAUAUAUUCUCCAUUCAUCCAUUGGACCUUGUACAUGUGCCAUUAGGGUGGUUGGAGAACAGAGACUGAGAAGAGUUGGUGAGUGCAUCAGCUUUUCCACUGACUAUCUGUAAAGGACGAAAAGUGAUCGCUAUUAUAGAAACCACUUGGAUUUAAUUUCCACUGGCAUUUCUUUGCCAGGGAGAUGACCUGCCAGUAUAGGAGAGUACAGAACUGGAAGUCUACAUUGGCACCUUCUCCACAUUAAUCAUUAGCCUUUCAUUAUUCUUCCAAUUCCAACUCCAAAGUGCACAAACUUUCCAUCAUAGCAGCUUUGUUUUGAGAGAUAUAAUCCUCAGGCAUCUACUGGAACUCCAAGCUGCAACACUUUACAUGGAUGUGAUCAGAUGAAACAAAUCUCUUUUCUUAGUCCAUCUACCAACCAACACAACUAAUCUGUUGACCUCCCCAGAUGUUCCCUGAAGGACAGAUGGGUUUUGAGAAGAUUAGUAUUUUGCUCCAAAUUAUUUAACUGACAGAAUUUAAGAAAGGGAUAUUAUCAGGGAGUGACAGACAAUUUUAGAGAAUAAAUGUAGUUCUUAAGCUGCCCGAGGAAUUCAAUUGUUGAGCAGCAUCUUUGAGAGAAAAAGAUGUCUCAGAUUGAAACAUGAUGGAUUAAUUCCUUCCCCUGCCACCACAGAUGCAGCUCGACCUCCAGCAGGUUAUUUGUUGCUCUAUAUACCAGUAUCUGUAGUCUUUUGUUUCUCCAAAUGUACUUCUUCUUUCACCCAUACUAAUUCUCAUGGAAUAUCAGUGGCUUCCUACAAACUGGAUCAUGCAUCGAAUUGAAAUCCCAGUGCAGUCUGGUAACAGAGGAUGUCAAGGGUGAUUAGUUAUUAGUCCAUGUCUCUGGAUUACUAGAUCUUGUAAACAGAACCAAAUAUCGUUAUUUCAGUUUCUUUAUGGCUGUUUUGUGUGUGUCUCUCUCCCUCUCUCUCUCUCUCUCCCCCUCCCUCCCUCCCUCCCCCCCCCCUCGCUCUCUCUCUCUCUCUUUCUUUCUUUCUUCCCCCCCCCCCCCCCCGCACACUCACAAAAAGUGUUGAGGAGAUGCAGCCUGAUGUGGCAACACGCAUUACAGGCACAGAGUACCCAAACUCAUGUCAUAAGAUCAUAAGACCAUGCCCUCCCCUCCCCAUCAGAGUCUAUGCAAGGCUCACAAGAGAAGAAAUGUGUAUGUAUUUUACAGAUUAUGUUAGAACUAUAUUUAAUUUUGAUUUGUAGAUUACUUUGGUUUUGCUGGAUAUCUGAUCUGCUUUCACAUUUAUUUUUAGAAUUGAACUCUGCACCCUGUGGAGAAGAUAGAAUUUUUAUUUGAAUUUAUCACUGGUUGACUAACUAAGGUGAAUUUCAGACAGAUUAAUGUACCUAAUAUAUUGGGUUGUACAGGUGAAUAAGUUGUAUUGAAUGUUGUACUUAACAAUCUAUGAAAGAGCGAUUGUUUGAAAGAAAUACACGAUUAUUAAAGGACAGUGUUUGUAUGGA